AAGCCCAAAUAAGAAAACAAAGAAAAAGAAAAAGAGAACUGACAAAAAGCCCAGAAAUAUCCUGAUUACGACUCUCUCCCCUCACGCCUCCCCAAAUAAAGAGAGAGCAACCAAAAACCCUAUUUUUAAAAAACUAAAAUAAAACAAAAUAAUAAAUGAAUAACGUAAACUAAUUAAAUUACUCUCCACCAACAUCCGUUUCAGCUUCCAUCGAAGAAGACGAAGUAGAAGCUUUCACUUUCUGAGGAGUUAGUUUUUAUUUUCUUCAAUUCUCCUAGCGCUUUUCACUGUAACGCUCGCCGGAGACCAUGGCUCGUCCUUCUUCGGCGUCUGCAACGGCCAAGCUUCCUUCUAUCAAACCAGAGGAUUACGGUCACAGUCCCGUACACUACGCCGUCGUUUUGGGAGAUCACGCUGCACUAUCUCGUCUUCUCUCAUCCGUCCCAAAGCUCGGAGAUCCAGAGCAGAUCCGCACCGAGUCCGACUCACUGAGCCAAGAACGAAUCGCGGAUCAGAUCUCCGCCGUCCUUGACCGCCGCGACGUUCCCUCACGCGAAACGCCGCUCCAUCUAGCGGUUAGACUCAACGACCUGUUCGCAGCAAAGGCGAUUUCAUCCGCCGGCGCCGACAUUUCCCUCCACAACUCCGCGGGAUGGAAUCCGUUACAGGAGGCGUUCUGUCGCCGGAACUCUGAGAUUAUGAAAGUGCUUCUUAGACAUCACCACCGUUUAGCGUGGUGCAAAUGGCGGAGGCGGUUACCGCGAUUGAUCGGUGUUCUCCGUCGUAUGAGAGAUUUCUACAUGGAGAUCUCUUUCCACUUCGAGAGCUCUGUGAUUCCUUUCGUCGGCAAAAUCGCUCCCUCUGACACCUACAAGAUCUGGAAACGCGACGGAAACCUCCGCGCUGAUACUACCUUAGCUGGAUUCGACGGUUUGAAAAUCCAGCGUGCCGAUCAAAGCUUUCUUUUCCUCGGUGACGGUGACGAAUCUCUCGACAUCUCUCCCGGAUCGUUGCUUGUGCUGAAUCGAGACGACCGUAAGAUCCUUGACGCGUUUGAGAGUGCUGGAGCUCCGAUUAGCGAUUCGGAUAUCGCCGGAUUCUGUUCACAGUCUAGCUUGUACCGUCCGGGGAUGGAUGUUACUAAAGCUGAGCUCGUCGGGAGGAUGAAUUGGCGGCGGCAAGAGAAGAUGGAGAGCGUCGGAGAUUGGAAAGCUAGGGUUUACGAAAUUCAGAAAGUGACUUUCAGUUUCAGGUCUCGGAAAAUCGUCAACGAAGGAGAUUCAAGCGAACAAGUUCAACCUCUGGAGCUUGACGAAGACGACGAUGGAUUCCUAGUAGCGGAGAAUCCGAGUUUCUUAGCUCCUCAAAGGUCACAGAGACGGCACAGUAGCUUCGUCAACGAAGACAGAGAUUGGAUUUCCGUUGGGAGAAAAAGCGUCGACGUCUAUCCCUCCGCCGCCCCACCACCGAGAAGAUCAGUAACUCAAUUCCAGCCUCCGAGAAGGUCAGUGGCCGUCCCUUCAACGGUGAAUCCUCCACCGUCUCCUCAGAUCAAAGAGAAGGAAUUCGUCAAGAGCUUGCAUCCGUCUGUUUGGUUAACGGAACAGUUUCCGUUAAAGACCGAAGAGCUUCUUCCGUUACUCGACAUUUUAGCGAACAAGGUCAAAGCCGUCGCGAGAAUGCGUGAGCUCCUCACCACAAAGUUCCCGCCGGGAACUUUCCCAGUCAAGUUGUCGAUUCCGGUGGUCCCGACGGUCAAAGUUGUGAUCACUUUCACCAAGUUCGUCGAUCUUCCACCAGCGGAGCGAUUCUACACACCACUCUCAAGUCCCAGAUUCCUCUCCUGUGCUGACCAAUGGGAUGAUGAUGAGGAAAAAUCAGACGCUCGGAAUUCAACCUCACGGCCAUCGUCGUGGUUGAGACGCGCCGGAUUAGGCUCACAGAGGCGGACAGAUGAGGAGGAUCAACAAUCACCGGACCCAUUUGCUAUACCUAUUGGGUAUAAGUGGACAAGCAUGAAGAAUAACAAUAAGUCAGAUAGUAAAAUGAAGAGAUCAAAGUCUACUAAGAGAUCUAAGUGAAAGAAGAUAUAAUCUCUAGUAUUUCUUUUUGUUCUUGUUCUUGUUGAUAUUCUGAAAUUAGUAAUUAGUCAAUAUAGUGGAAUUAUUUCUGGAUGUAGUUUUUUUGUUUACUAUACAUUUUUUCAAAUCUGAAAUGGUUAUAAGAUUCAAAUA